AUGUCCAGUUAUCGGUGGCCACCAGUUCCUACAUCUGGACUCAAAUCCCGAGACCUAACUUCCAAUUAUUCGAAUGGAUAUCUAUCAAAUAAGAACUAUGGGAGUAGUGCAUCAAGUCCAGCAGCACAGUAUAAUUCAACAAGACCAUUGGGAACAACAUCUUAUCCAAAUUUUGGCACAAGUUAUGCAUCAGAUAUUUAUAACCCCAGAAAAAGUCGUGCUAAUUCUGUAACUGGUAAAAAUGACAUUAAUGAUUAUACUUAUGGUUCCGGGCGUCUUUCAAAUAGUGGAACAGAUUAUUCAUCAAAUUUUUCUAGUUUCUCAAGUGGUCGCUAUCCCAGUGGAUCAAUAUCAUCAUCACGAGAUUCUGGAUCUGUAAAGGAUUAUAAUAAUUUUUCCAAAUCCACUGGUAAUUAUCAUCGACCAUCAGUUAGUAGUUUAUCUUCUUCAAUUGUUAAAGAAGAAGAUGAAAUAGAUGAAUUAAAUAAUAACAAUAUCACAAAAUAUAUUGUUGUUACAAGUAGAGCAACUUCCACUGAAGAAGGUUCCCAAUACAGAAAUAAACUUUCUAGUAUAUCUACAACAAAAACAGAAAAAGCUGAAGUUAAAAUGCCCCGUCCAGUUAAUAUACACAAUUAUACACAAACUGGUGAUGAUAUAAUCCUACCCCCAACUAAAGUUUCAUCUCCCUUGCCUAAUGGAGAGAAAGUUAAUGGUCCUCGGCGUAUAAACAUUGGCGGACGAUAUUUAAGACAGUUGUCAGGUAAUGAUGAAGAAACACAAAGUCCUAAACCUGGUCGUGGUGGAUGGAGAGAAUCUGUUUACGGUGUUGAUUAUCUAAACAGAUCACGUGCUCAAACUCAACCACCAUGUUCACCAAACGCAGCUACUAAUAACAUUACACCUAAUGAACAAAAACGUUUAGAACGUGAAAAAAUGCUUGAGGAAGAUUGGAAGAAACAAAUUCAACUAGAGAUUGAACGUGAAAAUCGUCGUCUACGUCAGUUAGAACGUAAAGCAAAAUGGGAAAAAGAUGAAAUCAAAAAUCGUGAAUUAGAAGAAGAAAUUAAGCGUAGAAAACAAAUCGCUGCGAACUUGGCCGAAAAGGAAGCUAAUUACCAGUCAGAUUAUCAUGCACAGCAAAAUAAAGAUUGUCUAUCAUCACAGAAAUUGCCAUUAGCGAAGAAGUUUGAGACAAUUAUUUCUCAGGAUCCCAUACAAAAGGUCAAUAAUUGGCGUCAGCAGAAUUCUCUACAAGAGGCUGACCCUCCAAAUGCUGAUGAAAUGGGUAAUUCACAGCUAUGGGAUAUGCCGCCAAAAACCAAUAAUUCCGAUAUUGUGAAACUGAGAUCACAAAAUAGGCAGCCGAGUGGGAAAUCAGAUGCGGUACGAUAUUCUCGAGAUUCAGAGGCUACUUUACGUCAAGAUACUCUCACAUCUUCAGCUAAUAGUGCUCCAGUCUAUGAAAACGGGAUUUCUGAUCGACGUCGAAGUUCUGCAAUGUCAGCUUCUUACUUUUCAAAACAUACAGACAUUGAUGAUAUAUUGAAAGACAGCGUUUCAUCGAAGCAAGACAGGAAAACAUCUAAAGAAAUGAUGAAUGAUAUUGGUAAACGCAGAGAUUACUAUGCGGAUGGAAGUGGUGACUCUGACGAUGACCAAUGUAAAAUUGUGUAUAAAUCAUGGAAAGCUAAAGAGGCUUUUCAAAAAAUGCCUACAGAAAUACAAAAUCUAUUAAUGAAAAGUCACAAACGACAAAUUACUAUACCAAUGUUAUUAAAUGUUUGUCGUAAUAAAAAUCAUGACAGAAAAUUCACAGAUUUAGAAGAGAAAAAUUUUCGUGGUUAUCGUACUGUGGAUGAACUACUAAUUGAAUCUGGAAUUGAUGUUAAAAAACUCGAAGAUAGUACGCUCCAGUUGUACAAAUUUGGUCAGGCUCAAUCUGAAUUCGGAUCAUAUCUUGAUCUUGACUCUACAUUACAGGAGCAAUGGGAAGAUUUGGAAAUAUCUGCUGACCAGGAGAACAGUGUUGUCCUUCGAACAAAGCUCGUUGUCCGUGUUAGGGCAAUUAUUGAGAAAUUAUUAGAUGCUAAUGGUCGAGAGUUAAAACGUUCACUCUUUUCAUUAAAACAAAUAUUUCAGGAUGAUAAAGAUCUUGUACAUGAAUUCGUUACACAUUCCGGGUUAGAUUGUUUGGUGAAUGUUGGCUCUCGAUCAGAUCAAAAUAUUCAAAAUUAUAUUCUACGAGCUUUGGGACAAAUUAUGCUCUAUGUUGAUGGAAUGGCUGGAGUUAUUGAACAUCCAAAUAUUCUACGAUGGUUAUAUUCUCUGCUAACAUCCAAAUUUCGACUUGUCAUGAAAACUGCUCUCAAACUACAAUUGUUAUUUGUUGAUUAUGCUGAAAGGAAUGCAAUGAUCUUUGUGAAAUCUGUUGAAGCAUAUCAUGCAAAUACUCCUACGUCUGGUCGCCCUUGGUCAUACCUAAUCAACAUACUGAAUAAUGAAGCCAGUGAUUCGGAAUUACUGAUCUAUACAAUGACUUUGUUAAAUAAAACAUUGAAUUCUAUACCGGAUCAAGAUACAUUUUAUGAUGUUACGGAUUGUCUCGAAGAAAUGGGAAUGGAGAAAAUCGUUCAAUGUCAUUUAAAGAAAAACUGUGAUCCAGAACUAGCUGAACAAUUAAAUUUAUAUGAAGCAAGUCUACGAUAUGAGGAUGGUGAAGAUUUUGACGAACUACCUUUACCGAUUAGUGGUCGUGAAAGUUUACGUCAAUGUAGACGUAUGAGUAGAGUGCAAUUUAUGAAAACACCAGAAGGUGAAGCAUUAUUAUCAUCUAUGCAUGCACUACCAACUAGUCAGUCAAUGGCCAGUGAUAUGGAUGGAAUGCUUGGUCGUAAAUCGAAACGUUUUCAAUCAGUAGAAAAUUUACAAAAUAGUGGAUUAUCAAAAAGUGUUACAAAUACAAAUUCCAAUUCGCUCACAAAACAAACUGACCAGAAACUAGUCAAUGCUUUUCUGGCUAAAGAAGGUAAACACAAUGAAAAUAUGAGUCGAGAUAAUAAACGAAAACCUGAAAUGAAUGGUUAUAUUGAUAAUUUAACAAAAAUUCAGUUAAAUCGUCAUACAUCCAAUGAAAAUGAAGAAACAAAUUAUAAACCAAAACAUUCUCAACAGUUUUCGACUGAAAAUCAAGUAGAUAGCCCACAGUACAAUGCUUCUGAUGUUGACAGCAAUGAUUCGUCUAGAAUAUAUCGUAGAGCUUUUUCCGAAGGAAUUGCUCUGAUGUAUGAUGAAACAUUGAAAACAAUGGAAACUGAGGCGUGUGAUACUUCAUCAAGUCGUCCGCAGUCAUAUGGAAAUGAUAACACUUAUGAAGAUGCUGCAUCGGAGAUUGAUUUAACUCAUUUAGUUAAUGUUACAGAUACAAAUUCAACAAGUUUAAUGACAUUCAACUGUGAUAUUGUUGAACAAGACGAGAAUUUAACACCCACUGAAUUACACUCAAGUUCAGAUCAUCAGUAUUCUGUUGAAGAUAUGGUACAUUUUACUUUUAAAGAAGAAAUCCUAGUAGGAUCAGACCAAAACUUGACAUUAGAUAAACAGAAUGGAAUGGAUUCAAGUGUUGAGAAUGAGAUGUUACAAAAUUCACAUGAUGUAUCUGUAAAUAAUGGACAUGUAGAAGAAGAGAAUGACAAAGAAUUUAAUACUGAAAAAACUGAACCGGUGGAUGAUCUUAAAGGAAAAGUUAUCGUUGUACCUGAGAGUCCAGUUGCUGGAUCAUUAAAAAGUAAAAUAGAAGCACUUAGUCGUGCAUCACAAAAACAAUCAGAACAUUCUACACCGACUAGUCCACCAUCAGUUACUUUAUCCAAUACAACUGGAACAGUGCAUUUAUUAAAAGAAAAACAUUCAUCAUUUGAAAAUACUGAAGAACCGGUUAAACCACAGCUACCACGUGAGCGUAGUGGGAAAAUUCUAUCGGUCAAAGAUCGUUUUGAAUCAGGCAUAUCAUCGAAACCACCAAGCUCUCCUGGUUUGUCAGUGUCUAAUAAAAAAGUAAACACAGAACAAAUAACUACACCAACCAGUUCAAUUCUAAAUGAAUCAGAAAACAAUGUGGAGACAUUUUGGCAACGUUGUUUGGAUAAGGUUAAACGACUACCACUUCGUCUGAAAGACUUAGACUUUACUGAUCUUGAAGCUGAAGAACAAGAAGAUGGUAAAGAAUCACCUAGAAUAGUAGGACCCGGACCGCCACCCCCACCACCAUCUUUCGGGAGUGGUCCUCCUCCUCCACCCCCACCGCCAUCGUUUGGAAGUGCUCCUCCCCCUCCACCCCCACCACCUGGAGGAGGUGUUGGUCUACCUCCACCUCCACCUCCGGCUGCUCCAGGUGGCGCUCGACCACCACCACCAGCUCCUUGUCCUAGUGAAUCGUCAAGUAUUCCUUCGAAUCUUCCACCAGCCCCUGGUACAGAGUUGCCGAAAUCAAAGAAAACUAUUCGUCUUCAUUGGACUGAAUGGAAACCGACUGUGAAAGAUUUAAAAAUGAUUGCGUCAAAUAAAUCUUCAUCAUUUGAUAAACCAGAUACAGCUACUGGUAUAGGCAGUAGAUUUGUUGCUUCUUUAUCGAAUAGUAAAACAAAAGAAGUGAAAAGAGAUGUGAAAACAAUUGCAAAUGCUACUGUAUGGUCUGAAAUUGUCCCAGUGAAAUUAGAUCCAGAUUUUUUGGAAGAAACAUUUGAAAAUCGUUCAUCUGAUGUAAAAAUAAAGAAACAAGAGGUGGCUGUGAAAAAAAUUGAAGUUUUGGAUAUGAAACGUUCAAAUGCAAUAAAUAUUGGUUUAAAAGUUUUACCACCACCGCGUACAAUCAGUUCUGCCAUUUUAAAAAUGGAUCAUUCAAUUAUAAAUAGAGAAGGCAUCGAGAAACUUUUAACAACAAUGCUACCAACAGAUGAAGAAUGUGAAGCUAUAAUGAAAGCGAAAGCCGAACAAGAUGGUUUACCACUUGGUCAAGCUGAACAAUUUCUUGUUACAUUGUCAGCAAUAAGCCAUUUAAAGCCCCGUUUAGAAUUAUGGUUAUUCAAAUUGGAUUAUGAACAGAAUGAAAAAGAAAUAGCAGAGCCGUUAAAUGAUUUAAAACAGGCUGUGAUAGAAAUUAUCAAUUGUAAAACUUUACGAUAUAUUCUAUCUGUUCUUUUGUCAAUUGGGAAUUUUUUAAAUGGGUCAACUGCUAGAGGAUUUACUCUGGAUUAUCUAGGUCGAUUACCUGAAGUGAAAGAUACAAAAUAUAAGAAUAGUUUGUUGCAUCAUGUAUGCUCUAUAGUGUUAGAUCAAUUUCCUGAUAGUACAGAUUUACAUUCAGAAUUGGGAGCAUUGUGUCGUUGCCAUCGAGUUGAUUGGGAUGAAUUACCGAGACGUUUGGAGAAACUAGAAACGGAUAGUAAACGAGCUUGGGAACAUUAUCGAUUGAUAUUUAGUUCUGAAAAAGAAUCAAAUAAAAAUAUCAAGCUUUCUGAAUUUCUUACUGAUGCUAUAGAACGAGUAAUUUGCUUACAAAUGGUUCAUCGACGCAUGUCGGCCAGAUUCCGACAUACACUGGAAUAUCUUGGUUACAGUCCAGCUAGAGCAUCCAGUACUUCAGUUGGUUACUUUUGUCGAAUUCUAGCUGAAUUUGCUUUGGAAUAUAGAACGACUCGAGAGAAAAUCAUUGAGGGACGAGAGAAAAAAGCUUUAGCACGAGAACGCAAACGCACAAGAGGAAAAUUAAUUGUAGAUGUUUCCGGUCUACGAAAUACACCGAAUGAUCUAGUCCAGUCGAAAGAUGAUGCAGAACUUCGUGAUUUAUUACUCAAACCUUCCAAUGAAACCGAUUCCGAUGCAUCGUCAUUUACAGCGACUAUUAGACGACGUCUCCAUACUCCUGGACCAGCUCCCAGAAGAUUAGCAGCUCCAAAUCGUGGACGAAGUCCAGGUUUAUUAUGUGAAACAUCAGAUGCAUCAAUGGAAGCAUUAGAUCAAGAACAAGAUAUCCUCUUAGAUGCUUGUCUACGUGCAAGUACACCGUCUGUUAAUUCACAUGGUGUGUCAGGACGACGAGUUCCACCGAAAGAUCGUAGAAGACCUACAGACCGUUCAAGAUUUUCAGUACGUCGAACUCUUAACAAGAAAUUAGCUGAAGAUGAUAUCAAAGCCAUUGAACGUGUCAUACAAGCGUCAGCAAAAACCUAA